AGUCGAAGCUCAAUUUAAAUUCAGCGUGGAACUUAAAUUAGACCCGAAAUCGGAAUCUCCAUCCUUGAACUCUUAACAACACUAACCACUUACCUUCUCUCUCCCUUAGAAGCUAACCCAGUAAAGAUGCAAGCAAUUACGAGACGUUUAGGGCAGCAAUAUCUGAGGCCAACAGCUUCCAUCUCUUCUAUCAAGUCCAUUUAUCCUCUUUCCUAUCACUAUUAUGGAGGUGAUCAUCCGCGAUACGGAUCUACGCUGGCCUUCCACAAGGGCACGGGUCACCUCAUUCGCAAGGGCACCGGUGGCCGAUCCUCCAUCAGUGGCAUUAUAGCUACUUUUUUGGAUCUACUGGAUUCCUUGGUCGUUAUCUUGUGCAACAGCUUGGUUAUCAUUAUCGAUCUUAUAGACCAUCACUCAACUCAGUAGUUUUCAUCGAAUCAUUUGUUUCAGCAUUGCAAUAAAAUUAACG